CUGCACUGUGCGCAAACAUUCUACAUCGAGCGCGAGUUAGCACCGGGACGUGUGGAGGUUGCGAUCAGCCAGCCUUGCUCCUGUCAGCUUUCUGCGCUUGUUUGAGAACUCUUCUCACUGAACACCUGGCAGACUUACCUCUCCACCCCUCAUUCAGGAUUUGAUAGAUUUACUUUCCCUUUGACAGGACAAGCAAGAGCGAGCUCUACGUUUAUUUCGUAUAUUUAUCCAUAUCGCGGUUAAGACAAGUUUGAGUUUGGUUUGAUACUGAGUUGGGAGCUGAUAAUCUUGAUCUCGACCUCUUCAGCGUAAACGGUUUCCGCACGUUUACUGGGCGCCAAUUCGCCAUGUCCUCCGGUGAUGGCACGGAGCAGAGUCGGCGGUUCUGUGUUUUGUCCUGGGAACAGGUUCAGCGUUUGGACUCCAUCCUCGGUGAGACCGUGCCGAUUCACGGCCGCGGAAACUUCCCCACGCUCUCCGUGCAACCCCGGCAAAUUGUACAGGUGGUGCGGGCGCGGCUGGAGGAGAGGGGCGUGGCGGUUCGGGACGUGAAGCUGAACGGUUCGGCUGCGAGCCACGUGCUGCACCAGGACACGGGCCUGGGCUACAAGGAUCUGGACCUGAUCUUCGGGGUGAGCCUGACGGACGACCGCGCCUUCCGGCUGGUCAAGGACGUGGUGCUGGACUGCCUGCUGGACUUCCUCCCGCCGGGGGUCAACAGGGACCGCAUUACCCCGCUCACCCUGAAGGAGGUGUACGUGCAGAAGCUGGUGAAGGUGUGCAACGACUCGGACCGCUGGAGCCUCAUCUCUCUGUCCAACAACACCGGCAAGAACGUGGAGCUGAAGUUCGUGGACUCGCUGCGGCGGCAGUUUGAGUUCAGCGUGGACUCCUUCCAGAUCGCGCUCGACUCGCUGCUGCUGUUCGACCGCUGCUCGGCCACGCCCAUGUCGGAGAGCUUCCACCCCAGCGUGCGCGGCGAGAGCAUGUACGGCGACUUCCAGGAGGCGCUGCGGCACCUGCGCGGCCGGACCAUCGCCACGCGCAGCCCGGAGGAGAUCCGCGGCGGCGGGCUGCUCAAAUACUGCCACCUGCUGGUGCGGGGGUUCCGCGCGGCCUCGCCCGCCGAGAUGAAGUCGCUGCAGCGCUACAUGUGCUCGCGCUUCUUCAUCGACUUCCCCGACAUCGGCGAGCAGCAGCGCAAGCUGGAGGCCUACCUGCAGAACCACUUUGCGGGCAUGGAGCACCGGCGGUACGACUGCCUGGCCACGCUGCACCGCGUGGUGAACGAGAGCACGGUGUGCCUCAUGGGCCACGAGCGGCGGCAGACCCUCGCGCUCAUCUCCGCGCUGGCGCUGCGCGUGCUCGCCGAGCAGAACGCCAUCCCCGCCAACGUCACCUGCUACUACCAGCCCGCCCCCUACGUGCAGGACAUCAACUUCAACAACUACUACAUCGCUCAUGCCCCGCCCCUAGUGGCCACCUGCAGGAACUCCUACCAAACGUGGCUGCCCUGCAACUGACACACACGCCCUGAACUAACGCAGAGGGGAGGGGGGAGUUUGGCCACACCCCCACCUCACCCUGUUUUUAUUCUCCUUGGGGGGGGGAUGUGGGGAGGGGGGGUGUGCUUGAGCUUUUGGCAGCAGUGAUUUCUUUUUUAAAAACUUGUAAUGAAAUGAACUUGUGGGGGGAAAAAAAGAGAAAAAGGAAAAAAAAUCAUUUUUGCCAAAUGUGACUCAGCUGAACUUCUACUGCUGUAUGUUUGAUUGGAGCCAUCAUAUAAAUAUAAAUAUGAAUAUAUAUUUUUUUGUUUGUUUUAAGGUUGCUGGUUCUUCUCUUGUGUAGCAGGAGUCGGGACAGGACUGGAGGAGUCUUUUAUUUCCUUGUGUAAAUUUUAAAAAAUCUUAAAAGGCUAAAUACUUUUUUAAAAAACAAAUCAUCUGUAUCCUUUUCAGACUGUGGUUUAAAUCUUCCCGCUUUUUCAGGAACUUUUAACGGACCAAAGAUUGUGUUUAGAAGUAAAUCUGACCAUUUAUUUCAAGUGCCUGAAACUACCCGACCGCCCAACACAACCGAAACCCUGUGAGCAGCGGACUGUGCCCCUGUGAGAGAGGACUGUGCCCCUGUGAGAGUGGACUGUGCCCCUGUGAGAGCGGACUGUGCCCCUGUGAGAGUGGACUGUGCCCCUGUGAGAGUGGACUGUGCCCCUGUGAGCAGCAGACUGUGCUGUGUUAAGAGAUUUCUGUCUUCUAGUUUACUAUAAAUAUCUAUUUUCAGGGACAGAGGUGUCCUCUUCAGAUUAUUAAAAAGGAAAAAGGAAAAGCCAAA